AUGAAGACAUUCGAGUUUAUCAACAUCGCUGCUUUAGCGAGGCUGGCUCUCGCUUCAAUACAGCAACCACUCGCCGACCCCCUCUCCCACAAUACAAUAGUCAAUCCCAGCAUCGAGUCAGCACUCGACCAAAUAAUCACCUCCUCGCCUCUCCUCGCCUUUCACCGCGAUAUCGUGACCAUCGAAUCCAUCUCUGAAAAUGAGCAAGAAGUCGGCGACUUCAUCAUCGACUUCCUUUCCUCCCAGAACCUCACCGUCGAGAAGCAAGUCGUAACCCCAAAGACGGAUACCACCAAGGAGCGCUUCAACAUCUACGCCUACGCAGGAGACAACCGCUUCCCCGAUAUCCUAUUAACAAGCCACAUCGACACCGUGCCACCCUUCAUUCCUUACUCCCUUCACCCCCCAGCCCCGAACCCGCAUACCGGGAAAUUCAACCGAAAGGACCUUCUCAUCGCCGGCCGCGGCACCGUAGACGCAAAGGCCAGUGUCGCAGCCCUGACCUUCGCCGUCCUCGACACUCUAGCCACAGACCCGACGGCAUCCGUAGGUAUUUUACUGGAUGUCGGCGAGGAGAAGUCCGGCGUGGGGAUGAAGCACUUCUCCGCCUCGGAGCUCAAUCCCACGCCGUCGAGCUUCCACACCGUGAUUUUCGGCGAGCCCACGAAUGGAGAUCUCGUGAAGGGCCACAAGGGCACGCUGGGGUUCAAGGUCGUCGCGCGCGGGAAGCCCGCGCACUCGAGUUAUCCCUGGCUCGGGGAGAGCGCUAUCCUCUCCAUCUUGCCUGUUCUCGAACAUAUCAAUUCCCUGCAGUUUAUUGCCCCGGAGGAAGGGGGGUUACUGUGGGGUGAAGUCCUGGGUAACUCCACCUUGAAUAUCGGGACUAUCAGCGGAGGUGAGGCGGCCAAUGUUGUACCGGCGCAUGCUGAGGCCGCGGUCUCGGUGCGGUUGGCGGCGGGAAGUCCGGAGGAGACCAGGCGGAUUAUUCAGAGUGCGGUGGAUGUGUUCUCGGGCGGUGACGGGAGGGUUUAUUUGGACUUUGGCAUUGGGAGUGGAAAUGGGACGGUCGGGGCGCCACCGCAAUUUUUCGAGACGGAUGUCGAGGGGUUCGAGGUCAUUGCGGUGAAUUAUGGGACGGAUGCGUUUUCCUUGGAGAUCCAUGAUCAUGAGACCACACGGAAGGUGAAGCGAUAUUUGUACGGGCCGGGGCGGUUCGAAGUCACGCAUGGGGAGAAGGAGGCGAUCGGCGUGCGGGAGUUGGAGGAUGCGGUCGAGGGAUAUAAGAGGCUAAUUGCCGCUUCGUUGUGA